UUGAAUAACCGGAGCUUCUUGGAUUGAAUGUAAAAUCAUUUUCGGUUUAUUUCAAUUUGACCGGUUUACUGGAAAGGUUUAGAAACUCUCCGUCAAAUGGACCACGACCGCCGUUAUCUUGUCCGUUAGGUGUAGUAUAUAUACACAGACGUUAACCACAAUCGUUCGUCCUUUCGAAUCUGAAACUUUCCCUCUUCCCUGGAGCGAGAGAGCUUCGCUCUGCUAUAGAAACAGAGGAGCACGACUUAGCUACUUGUUUUCUCUAAGGUAUGCAAGCGAUUCUCGAUUCCCGUUCUAGUUACGAGCUUUAGAUUUUUCUCAUUCUGUGAUUCAAUCGAUUGUUUUUUUCUCCGUUGCCGAUUCUUCUUCUUCUACCUUGAUUUUGAUUCUACGAUCCGAUGGUUGUUAUUCUUCUUCCUCUUAUCGUUCUCGCGUUCAAUUUCUUCAAGCUGUGAUGAAUCUCGGUAAUACUUUCCCGGAAAGUUUGCGUAAUCUCGUGAAUCCUCAUCGCCAAAUUUGGCGGGAAAAUGUUGUUUCUUAAUUGAAUCGAUGCUUCAUUCACAGAAAGUUUUGAUCUUGUAGUUUCGAUUCUCUUCACCUGUUUCCUGAGUUGAAUGGAUUGCGUUUUACAUUCUUCAGAUUGUUAAUUUUUUCUCGGAAAGGUUUAGCGGCAGGGGAGAAACAUCGAACAAGCAAGGAUUUUUUUUUUUUUUUCUGGUGAUUUGUUGUUAAAUUGAAAACCUUCAGGUGAUCUUAACUGAGUCGAAUCUUAUUCACAUGGCUUUUUGAUCCCAUGCUUUUGAUUCUCGAGUUGAAUGGAUUGAGUUUUACAUUCUUCAGAUUGUUGAACUUUCUCGGAAAGCUUUAGCAACAGGGGAGAAACAGAGAACAAUCUCUUGUGCUCCAAGCAAUCUUGCUUUCUCCAAAACUAGAGACAUGAUGGAGAAAGACGAGUCAUUUGUGUACAACGAGGUGGAGGAAGAGCAGAGUCCCCAAAGCAACCAGACGUGGCCGAUGGAUAUGAUCAGGCAGAGACGUUUUCAACACAAAAUGUCAUCUCUUUUGAGUCCCGUGACUCCUAAGAGGAACCAUAGCCUUGGCAACGCCAAGUCUCUCCUCAAGAAGUACUCAAAGUCUGAUCCAAUCCCUCGUAAGCAGCGCUUUCCUGUUUCAUGCUCGGAUGAGGGAGUCUUGAUGGAUGGUGUUCUGGUCACAUCAGCCUCCGAAAAGAAAGUUUCGGAUUCGCCUUCUAGAUUGAGCUCCCUUGGACGAUCUCCACGUUCUUCACUCGUCCGGAGUCAACAGAAGAAUAGCAGCCCUAGGAGCCUAUCAGGAGGAAACAAGGAGGAUACCACUCGGUCUCAGACUUCUUCAGGUGGGAAAGUGAAGAUCUUGGCAAAUAGUCCUUGUACUAAACUUGAGACACCAAAGGCUACUAGUUCUUCAAAUCUGAAUGCCACUGCCGAACCAUUCACCUUCUCACCGAGACCUUUACAAGGACUAGCUUCUCCCUUCCCAGUCCGGCAACUUCCAUUUGACCAUGGUCCACUCAUUCAAUGGGUUAAUCCGCCUCCGCACCAGCAGCUGCGUCCGAGCAAUAGUCAUUUAUACCAGCCUCCGAGCUACGCUUAUCCGAGAUCACUACAAGUUCAUGACCUCUAUCCCACACAUCACCCAUUCAGGUCUCCUAGACCCAUUGGCUACCAAAUGGGUUAUGACCCCAGAAUCAUCUCACUACUUCCCACAACACCUCUCGCUACAAACACCAGCAAGCCACCUGUUCAUACUCCCAUAUCUACUACCUCUUCAGCCAAUCUCAGCACCGGUAAUACCACCCAUGACUCAAGACUAGACUCUUCACUUUCUGUUGAUGGAGGACUCGAAACAGUGACACAAAAACAAGACUUGUCGUCACCUUCUGGUGAGCUUGAAACAGUGACACAGAAACAAGGCUUGUUGUCACCUUCGGAUGAGCUUGUCACGAUGGCUGCUGCUGAGCUCAAAACAUCAACGCACAAACCAGACUAUUCACCUUCUGCUGGACUUGGACUUGAAACUGUGACGACAGAUAAAGACUGGUCACCUUCUGAUGAUGGACUCCCAAGAUUCACACAAGCUCACACUGAUUUUAUGAAAUCACAGGACAGCAGAGUUCUCCCGGAUGACGCUUUCCAGCAUUACAUAUAUAGAAAGAGACUGCCAAUAUUCACUCAGCUUUGCUCGGAUGACGCAGAAGGGUGUGAUGACACCACCCAUUAGGUCCAUACUGAACUCGACCACUUCUUUGCCUGUGAACAUGGUUUUCACUUCCUCAACCUAAACCGCAUGCAGGUAACAUUCUGUUCAUAUGAACUCUUUUCCCAUCCAUUAAACUUUUUCAAAAUUUCAUCAAAGAAGUAAAGAUCAUUUUGAUACAAAUUCAAAGAAAGAUAGAGAAAACAAGUCCAUGGAAUAAAAUACAGAUAUAUAUAUAUAUACACUCUGUUUCUAAUCAAAUGCCAUCUUCUACUGUUUUAUCCCAUAGAUGAAUUCAAAGCAGAACUAAUUAAACCCUGGUUUUUGAUUUUGGUUCUAGGUGACUCGAGCACAACUAUUUAUGUAGAACCAAACUCAUAAGUUGAUAUAUUAGAUUCUCUGUAAGUAGUUGUGCUCGAGUCACAUAGAACCACCAUCAUUUGUUCAUUCAUUUAUUGGUUAGAAGUUAGAACUUAGAAACCCAUAUGUUGAUAUAUUACAUUAACAUUUUUUUCACUGAAGUUAUUCAGUUUUAUAGUUAUGAAAUUGUUAUUCCAGAAACAACAAAACCAUGAACCUCACCACAGCCAAACUAUACAAUGAUUCAAAUCCCAUCACCCUCUUUCAACGUAAAAUCUUUCCUUUUCUAGUUUUUAUUGCAUUUUAUCAUUUAUUUUAGGGCAAAUCUCCAAAAUAGCAACUUUCUAAGUUUAUAUCACAAAAAUAGCACUCAAAAACUAAAAUGACCAAAAUAGCACCUUUCUAAGUUUAUCUUUUGAAAAUUUU